CCGCACCCCGCACCAUUCCUUGGUCCACUGAUGCGAUUUGAAAUCAACGGGUCGCAGCAAUUCCUAUGCGGUAACUGACGGCGGGCCGCUCCUGACAAGAAUUAUAAACGGAGACAUCUACGCCUCUUGCUGCCAUCCGGUUUUCAGAGUACUCUCUGUGAUUAUCUCGCUUGCGCUGCCUCAUACCCAGACACACAACCCCCCAACGCUCACCUCCCUGGACAGGGUCUUCUUCCGCUGUUGAAAAUGGUGUCAGGAAAGGCCAUCGCCGAAGUCGAUGGAACGGUCAUCGCGGAGGCGACCGAGUGGGAGGAAGUGGAGGGGAACAUCUACUUCCCCCCGGCAUCGGUCAAGCAGGAGUACCUGCAUAAGACGGAUCUGAAGACGACGUGCGGGUGGAAGGGCGUGGCGAGUUACUAUACCAUCAACGUCAAUGGGACGGAACGGCCAAAUGCGGCGUGGUAUUAUCCCGAGCCGAAAGAAGCGGCAGCAAACAUCAAAGACCACGUUGCUUUCUACACAUCCAAGGUCAAUGUGUCCAAGGAAACCGCAUAAGCUAGAAACGUCGAAAGGGAGGAUGUUGGGUUAGGUACAGCUUGCUGUUGGAGGGUAAUUAAGGAAGAUACGGUUGUGAAUGGAAUGGUACCAAAUACCUGGCUGCAGCCAAGCGCCUGUCCUGCUCUACGAGAUCA